AUGGCCGGCCCUUCAAGGCCUCCAUCCACCCUCCCGACCACCACGAGGAGGUCGGGUUUGCGCCAACCAACGACACGACGAGCCGGUUCCGCCGCACCAGAGAGACAUACGACACCUGCACCAACACCGUCAGUGCGAUCGUCUGCAGUUAGCGCUGUCCGCCCACCGAGAAGCCCCGAAAAAUCAAAUGCACCAAAGAGAAAGGAGAGAGAAUUUGAGCGGGAAAUCAACGAGGAUACUAGCAUUCAUGUGGUGGUUCGUUGUCGUGGUCGCAGCGAUCGCGAGAUUAAGGAAAACAAUGGCGUUGUGCUCUCAACUCCAGAGGGCGUGAAAGGCAAGACACUCGAUCUGUCAAUGGGACCAAAUGCAGUCUCAAACAAGACAUAUGCUUUCGACAAGGUCUUUUCCCCGGCUGCCGACCAGACCGCUGUUUAUGAAGAUGUGGUCCUACCAGUUGUCAACGAGAUGCUGGCAGGCUACAAUUGUACAAUUUUCGCAUACGGACAGACAGGAACAGGAAAGACAUACACCAUGUCAGGAGACAUGAACGAUACACUGGGUAUUCUCUCCGAUGACGCGGGUAUCAUUCCACGAACACUUUACUCCUUGUUCCACAAACUCGAGGACACAGAAAGCACCGUCAAAUGCUCCUUCAUCGAGCUAUACAAUGAAGAGCUGCGCGAUUUGCUGUCUUACGACGAUAGCACAAAGCUGAAGAUUUUCGAGAACGAGAAGAAAGGAGGACACAGCACAAUGGUUCAAGGAAUGGAGGAGACCUAUAUCGACUCGGCUUCUUCCGGUAUCAGAUUACUACAAUCCGGCAGUCACAAGCGCCAGGUCGCGGCAACGAAAUGUAACGAUUUGAGUUCGCGAAGUCAUACAGUGUUUACCAUCACAGUUCUCACCAAGCGCACAACCGACUCUGGCGAGGACUAUGUUAGCUCAGGAAAGUUGAACCUGGUUGAUUUGGCCGGAAGUGAAAACAUUGGACGAAGUGGCGCAGAGAACAAGCGAGCGACUGAAGCGGGUCUCAUCAACAAGAGUCUGCUCACCCUUGGCCGAGUGAUUAACGCCCUGGUCGACAAGAGCUCGCACAUCCCAUACCGCGAGUCAAAGCUUACUAGACUACUGCAAGAUUCACUCGGUGGACGAACAAAGACAUGCAUUAUCGCGACGGUGUCGCCUGCCCGCAACAAUCUCGAAGAAACUAUCUCUACUCUUGACUAUGCCUUCCGCGCCAAGAACAUCCGCAAUAAACCCCAGAUCAACUCCAUUAUCUCGAAGAAUAAGCUUCUGCGAGAUAUUGGCAUGGAAAUCGAAAAGCUCAAGAGCGAGCUCAUCGCUACACGGCACCGCAAUGGUGUCUAUAUGACACCUGAUGCAUUCGAACAGAUGACGGUCGAAAGUGAAUCACGACGAAUUGUAAACGAAGAACAGCGCGCUAAGAUUGAGUCCAUGGAAUCCAGCCUCCGACACAAGGUCCAAGAGCUGCUUUCCAUAACUGGCAAUUUCAACUCGCUGAAGCAUGACAACGAGGAGACACAGUCCAAGCUCAACGAAACGCAAGACAUUCUCAGCGAAACUGAUAAAUAUUGGAAGGAUUGUCAAGAACAGCUAGACGAGGAGAAGACAGUACGGAAAGCCCACCAGCAUACAGAGAAGCAACUUCGCAACAUUGGUGCAGGACUGGUGUUUACUCUGAAUGGCACGAUUCAAGAUGUGAAUGGGUUGCAUGCGAAACUUGAUCGCAAAGACAACCUUGAAACGGAAAACCGACAGACCUGGCAGACUUCCACCGGUGAAGUCUCUGAUAUUACCCAGCAGAUCGAUGCUCGCAUGGAAGUUUUCCAGACGCAGCACGCCAAGCUGCUAGAGGGCAUGUCGGGCAAGAUCCAUCGAUUUGUGGACACUGAACUGAGCACCGUGCAGUCUGCUCGCUCUCAACUCCAGACUCUUGGGACCUCCUUUGACAAGGUUGAGGUAGAGGCAAAGAACAACACCUCCUAUGCCCAUACUGAGAUGAACGAGGUUCUUGAAGAGAUCAAGGUCCUGCGGGAAGAUGUUAAGACAAAAGUCGGCGAAGGUCUGAAUGGCUUAUCCGCGGCAGCUGCUCGAAUCUCCAAGGAGGUUAUUGGCGAGUUCUCUGAGUUCCAUACACAGCUUCACACAUCAUAUAGCAGCCUUAGCAAGGACUUCAAGUUCAUGUUUGAGAACAUGGCUAAGCAUCUGGAUGAGCAAAAGUCUGAGGUCAACAGACUACGGGUUGAGCUGCAGGCAGCCAACCGUCAGACCGUGGAGGCCAAUAGAAAGGCUUCGUCCAACCUUGCUCAGGUCUUGGAAGAGGAACAUGCCAGCGCACAAGCCGAGCGUGACACUCUGAUGUCUCAUAUCCGGGGACUCCUCGAGGACUCCAACCAACGACAGAACAACCGCCUUAAAGGCAAAUUCGAUACUCUUCGCACAGAUAUCUCGGCCACGGGAGACUCGCUUGAGCAAGCCACUGCGCAGCACGAUAGACACAUUGACGAAUGGAUCUUCAAGGAGGAGCAAUUCGCCAAGGACGUUUCUGCGUCUAAGGAUGAGAUCAAAACGAGGAUGCAGAACGAUUGGGAGGCGUUCGACCAACGAAAUGCCUCGAUUCACCGAGCGACAGAGUCUGUUCACCAGGAAACCGUCCGCAUUGUGGAUGCUCAAAUGAGCGAUAUGGGCACUCAGAUGGAAGCAUUGGAUGACUUUGUUGCCAAAGCACGCUCACAGAAUGGCCGUUUCCACGAAUCUCAUAUCGGUAGCCUGAGCACUAUGGCCCAGAACGUUCGCGAGUCCCGUUCAACUGCCCAAGGACAACUGGACGGAUUCACCCAACGUGUUGGCCAAUUCAGAGAGGAAGUCGAUUCGCAUACCGAGAAUCUCCAACAGUCCACCGUUCCUCUGCAAAGAGACGUCCGCCAGCCACUUUCAGAUAUGCGUUCCAAUCUCCUAGGCCACCCUAUGAAAGAGUAUGUGCCCACAGGUGCAACGCCCCAAAAACGACGCUACGAAUACCCUUCGGAAAUGCCCCAAACUGAACCUCAUGACGUCCGCUCUCGACACCGGACCUCAAAGCAAUUCACUGCUCUCCCCUUUAACGAAGAAGAUGAUCGCAAAUCCCCCGUUGCUUCCCCGGAACCAUCACCAGCCAAACCCUUUGUGUAUCACGAUACUGCGGGACAGGUAGGAACCCACCCUGUUCUCUCCGCAACCCCAUCCUCCAACACUGGCCUUAGGGAAGUCGAUCUAAACGUCGCCAGACCAACCGCAUGUGACGAGGACGCCGCUGUGGCUACCAGCAAACAGGAGACCCCCGCGCUGAGCACAUCCCUGGACCUGGACGAGACACCUGAAAAGGAAGAGCCGGAGCAACCUAUCCGCAAGCGCCGCCGCUCAAAUUCCGCUAUGGUUGAGAGUAAGGUCCCGCAGAAGAUGUCGAAGAAGAUGUCUAAUAUGAUGGAGGGUCGCGAGAAUCAGAUCCCUGCAGGUCGAAGAUUUAGAAACCGAGGUUCCGAUUAG